CUAUUCUCAAGACGCAGGUUGUCGUUGUUUCUUUUUGCGCUUUUGCGGCAGUCGCACAUUUUUUUAAUAUUUCUUUUGUUGUGAAAAGAUUACCUUUAGCAUUGUGAAUUUUUAGGUGCUCCUUUUUGUCAGUUUUAAAACACAAAACUUGUUGGAAAUGGAUGCCAAGCAAAAGCUUAAACGUUUUUGCUACUUGGGCAACUUCGAACCAGUUUAUAUUCGACCUCGAGUUGGCUUGAAAGUCGAAAAACUCUACCCUCCGCUCAAAGAGUUGAUAAGCACUUUGGACGAUGUCGCAUUUGUUGGCUACAUGAGCGACAUCCUAAAGCAAAGCGACCAUCUUCCACGUAAAGAUGAGGCUAUAUUUGCAUAUGCGACUUAUUUGGGGAGUGAAGUCGAUAUAAAGUUUAAGACCAAUGUCCGCAAGGUCGUUCCACUUGUCCUCAAGACCGCCGAAGAGUUGUUCAUGUUUUGCAAGUACUCCAAGUCCAUACAGCAAUUACAGGGUCGCAAGGGUCUAUCGAGGACGACCAAAAAAGCCGUCGUCGCCUGGUACGAGAAAUGCACCCCCGAGGAGCUGCGAGAGAUGUGGAAGUCACAUCGGGGCAUGUAUGGAUUUUCGCACAAAAACCUGAUCUACAUGUGCCAUAUCAAUGACGAGACUCUGGGCGACGAAACCGUGUGCCAGGCAUUCUUGAAGACUUGCAGUGAAUUGAUCAAGGAGGAUGAACUCAAAAACGAAGAUGUCAUCAUGGAGAUGAGCACUCUGCGUACGACCACAAAGAAGAACGAGGCUACGAAGAUUAUCAAGAAUUUGCGACUCACUUGGGAUCAGGUUCCUCCGAAUUUAUUUAAGUUCCCGAAUAUCGUUGAAAUGUUGCUGCCCGAGAUGAGUCUGCUGGAUAUUAUCAAGAAGUGGCACACAUUCCACCAGCACAGGCAUUUCGAUAAUACCAAGUUAUUCCGGACGAUUGUGUCCCUGACCAAUAGGGAGGCUCUGCAGAAGGCCAACAUACAUCCAAGUGUAUUCCUGUGGCGCAUGGAUCGUCUGGGAAUUCCUAUUGCUGCUUCUGAAUUGCAAAAGGUUCCCGAAAAACGAGCAAUCACAAUGCGCAUGAGUGUCUUUCAGCAGAUGUAUCGAGAUUCAUUCAGCUUGAAUCGUGCUGUUGGCUUGCGUUCUUUUGUCACAAUGACUUUGCAGGAUAAUUACAAAAAAAAAUUCUUAACAAAACACAAAAAGGUAACUUAUUACGAAGCUGCUAUAUCAUUUGCAUUUUCUUAUUUCAAAAGAGAAAAGUACACUGACAUUUUUGCUUACACUGAAGACAAAGUUAAGUUAGCUCAAAUUCCUUGGGAAAAGGGGAUUCAACUCAAUCAAGCUAUGGAAGUUUGUGAUCAUUUUACUUAUAAAAAGUCAUCACAACGUCUUGUUCAACCCUUGAUGGAAGCUUUAAAUCGUAAACAGGUUUAUGAUUUAUUCUUGAUUAUUGUACCAUCGGCUGGCCGCAGUAAUCCAAAUCAGAAUUCGAGUUUCCUUUGUAGAUUCUUGGACAAGUAUCGUGAAAUGAAGAACAAAAAAGCCAAAUUUGUUAUCAUCAGCUUGUUGAAACACAAAAAAUCAAUGUCUUAUUCAACCGAAAGGAAUGAGAACAUUUUGGAAAUUUGUGGAUUGGAUUCCAAUACAGCAAACGUAAUUGACAGCUUUGCUCUUAACAGGUUCGGUUGAAUCUCCAAAACAUUUGUAUCAUCUUUAACAACUCGACUCACUUAAUCGUUAAUCUUUUAAUCAUUCGAAGUUAAAUUCUAUACAAAAAUGUUUCAUCAAAUCAAACCUAAUUAUCUCAUCUCUAAUACAUUACAUUCAUAAGUGUAACAAAUGUUGGCCAAAAUGAAUUUUAAGAAAACAAAAAUAGAAACAAGAAAAAAGUGUUUCAUUAAAUCAAACGAAAAACAUUAACAACAACACAAGUGUCGUAAGUGUCGACAACAAUGAAUUAAAAUAAGAAACAUACCAAUUCUUAAUAUCAAAUGCAUUACAUACCUACAUAUACAUUUCAUUAAACAUAAUAUCUACAUAUUUAAAUUUAAAUAGCAUAGAAUCAAAAGAAAAAACAAAGAGUAACUUGCUGAAUGAAAAAUUCUUCAUUUUGGCGUUGAAAAUCAAAAACAAUACAACAAACAAAAAAAAAUUGAAUAUCCAUGACUGCCUUUCAAAAUUCACUGGUACCACGCCUUUGGAUUUAGUUAAAUUAUAAGCCUUAUAUUUUUGUUCACAGAAAAACAAAACAAAACAACUCAUUAUACGAAUACAAAAGAAAAAACAAUAAAAAUAUAACUAGAAAAAAAA